CAAUGCAGUUUGCCAAAGGCUAGAAGAGGAAAACAUUUUGCACCCUUUGAUAAAUUUACUGAAUAACUUAGACGUGUCUAAUAACCUUAUAAAAAUGGUUGUUGAUAUUCUUAGUCGAGUUCUAGAUCCGAGCAAAGAAAUGAAAUCCAAGUUUUUUGAGGGGCCUAUCAACUUUUCAACGAAGGGAUUGGAAUCUGGCGGAAAAGAGAAUGAGAAAGCUGUAUCAACCAAAAGCUUGAAAACACCCAAUGUGGUUGAACUUCUGGAUUCUUCUGUUCUUGCUCGCCUCAUUGAGAUCUUGAAGACAUCAUCUCCAGACAUGCAGAAAAAAGUUGCUUCCAUCCUUGAGUUUGUUUCAGUUGUUGAGGUGUGCACUGAAAAGAUAUUCUCAAUUGACAUAGAAUCUGGGAUAGAUGCCGUUUUCCAACAGGAAUGUUUGAAAGAGACGCAGUCAGAUUUUGAUGGACA